AUGAUGCCACCAGGCUGGAUCCUGCCACCGCUGCUGCUGGCACUGCUGGCCAUGGGCCACGCCGCGCCGUGCUCCCCCCAGCCCGGUGCCACCCGUUUCGUCUGCACGGAGCCCACCCUCAGCACCUUCCCCAGGGGGCUGCCCAGCGCCACCGUGGCCAUCUCGGUGGAGUUCACGGCGCUGGCCACCCUCCCGCCAGAUGCCCUGGCAGGGUUGCCUCGGCUGCAGGAGCUCCACCUCUCCUCCAACCUCCUCACCACCCUCCCUGAACCCCUCCUGCGCCCUGUGCCCACCCUUCGCAUCCUCGACCUGACCGACAACCUCCUGGCCGACCUCCCUGCUGGCAUCUUCGCCACUGCCCACCACCUCCAGCACUUGGCACUGAGGGGCAACCAGCUGCAGGCAUUGAAACCCACCUGGUUCCAGCCCCUUCAGCAGCUGCAGUGGCUGGAUCUGGCUGCCAAUGCGUUGGCAGAGGUGCCACCAGAGGUUUUCCGCCCCCUGCGUUCACUAAGGAACCUGGAUCUAUCCCACAACCGGCUGGCAACCCUGGCACCAGGUGCACUGGCCGGGCUGCAGGCAUUGGAGCAGCUCGACCUGGAGGGCAACCAGCUGGGCAUGCUGCUGCCCACCACCUUCGUGCCCGUGCCCGCCCUGCACCUCCUCUUCCUCCAGGAUAACGACCUGCAGGCACUGUCCGCUGGCAUCUUUGCCCCCCUGCAUCACCUUCACGUCCUCGACCUGGCACGGAACCGGCUGCAGGCACUGGAGCUGCCCCCCCGGUCCUCUGGCCCCGUUUUGGACCUCGACAUCUCGGGCAACCCCUGGGACUGUGAGUGCCAGCUGCUGGAGGUGCUGCAGAGGGCAGCCCCGCGGCUUGUCACUGCCCGUGACACCCUCUGUGCCAGCCCCCCUCGGCACCGGGGACGGGAGGUGGCUGAGGUGAGCCAGGCUGGGGACAUGGGAUGUGGGGCCAAGGGGGGCAGCCAGAACCCUCCAGAGCCCUGA